GUGGGAAACCAGGUGGGAAAGUCAUGCCUUUCUCCUCCCUUCCCGUUUGUGCUUUUGCCUUUGCGGCCACACCGAAUGGUUCGCCAUCCGUCCAUCACAGGCCGACUCUUCCGCGGCUCGUGAAAGCAAGAUGCACCCAUGGCUCACGACGCAGCCAUGCCGCCACUGAGGGACCGCAAAGCAACAGAGGAGCUGAUCUGCGGCUCUUUCAUCCAUCCUUGUUUCCCCCAUUGCUCUUCCAAAGACCCCGACGGAGUCGGCUUCAUGCAAGUGCACCGGCGGCUUCCCUGGUCCAGCCAUCGGAGCCUGCCACUCUCAGCCAUGCGCCGGCAAUCAGCACACAAGAUCCCGAAAUGGCAGAGAUCUUGGCAGCGGAGGAACGGAGGCAGGCCGGGUCGCUCGAGCUUAUAGCAAGCGAGAACUUCGUUUCACCUGCUGUGCUGGAGGCUCUCGGGUCUGUGUUGACGAACAAGUACUCUGAGGGGCGCCCUGGUGCUCGCUUCUACGGCGGCAAUCAGCACAUCGACACACUGGAGAGGCUCUGCGAGAGGCGGGCGCUGGAGCUGUUUGGUCUGCUGCCGGCAGGGGAGGGCGAGGAACCGCAGUGGGGCGUCAACGUGCAGCCGUAUUCGGGCAGCCCGGCCAACUUCGCUGUCUAUACUGCCCUGCUGCGUCCGCAUGAUCGCAUCAUGGGUCUUGACCUACCCGACGGCGGCCACCUCUCACACGGCUACGCCACCCCAAAGCGACGCGUGUCGGCCACGUCUAUCUACUUCGAGAGCAUGCCCUAUCGCGUCGACCCACAAACUGGCCUCAUUGACUAUGACGACCUGGAGAGGCUGGCGCUGGUCUUCCGCCCCCGCUUGCUGAUUGCCGGUGCGAGUGCGUAUCCGCGAGACUGGGACUAUGGUCGGAUGCGACGAAUUGCCGAUUCGUGUGGGGCAUACCUGAUGGCCGACAUGGCGCACAUCAGUGGUCUGGUGGCUGCCGGCGAAGCCAAGAGCCCCUUCGAGCACUGCGAUGUCGUCACGUCCACGACACACAAGUCUUUGAGGGGCCCUCGGUCGGGCAUCAUCUUCUACCGCUCUCACCUCAAGGACGCCAUCGACAAUGCGGUCUUUCCGGCGCUGCAAGGCGGCCCGCACAACAACAACAUCGGUGCUCUGGCUGUGGCACUCAAAGAGGCCAACAGUGAGGCAUUCAGAAACUACGCCAAGGCCGUCAAGGCAAAUGCGAAAGCGCUGGCGUCUUCUCUGCUGGACUACGGCUACACCCUGUCUUCCAACGGCACCGAUAACCACAUCGUUCUGUGGGAUCUGCGCCCUCUCAACCUUACUGGCAGCAAACUCGAGAAGCUCCUGGAGCGUAUGCAUGUGACGGCCAACCGGAACACCAUCCCCGGUGACCGCAAUGCGGUCGCCCCCCGUGGCUUGCGGCUCGGCACGCCUGCAUUGACAACACGAGGUCUAAGGGAGGAUGACUUCCGGUGGAUAGCCACGCUCCUUGACGAGGCGGUGCAGCUGGCGUGCGAGAUUCAGGGCGAGAGGCAGGGCAUGAAGCUGGUGGACUUCGUGGCGGCAAUGGACCAAGAGCCCUACGCCAGCCAGCUGGAGGGGAUGAGGCAGAGAGUGCUGGACAAGCUGAGCGGGUUCCCGAUGAUGCAUAAGCAGUGAGGAUGGAUGGGCAGGGUUGCACGGGUGCAUCUUGCUCUGUGCACAGACAGACGUACACUGGAUGGUCACUGUCUGCAAGGCAGACAGACUGUGUGCAAUUGUGACGUCAAAUGUGUUUGAGUUGAGUGAAGGUACAGUUGUGCAUGCGAGUCAAUCUGGC